ACCCGCCACUCUUGUUAAAAUAACAUUUGUCUGCUUAAAUACAAUGCUACUAAUGUAACUGCGGGUCCUAGUUAGGAUUGUCCCUGCCGAGUCGCCGUACUGCGGCUUUGCCAGCGCCGGCUGCCUCUGCGUGCUUGUUUCCUCUCUGAGUUGAGCUCGUUUGAUGUGGAGGUAAACAUGUCUGUAAUGGGAGGUGGUACGAGAGGGUUUUAUUUCAACACGGUCCUGUCUCUGGCCCGCUCUUUAGCUGCCCACCGCCCCGCACCGGUGGAAAAGGUCCAGAAGCUACAAUGUAUGUGUCCAGUGGAAGUCCGUGGUGUGUUCACUCUGGAUGUGCGUCGCAGAGAUGCUGUUAUUGCGCUGGCUGUGUUUCUGGUGGAGUCCGGCUUACAGCACAAAGACGUACUUGUUUCCUACUUGCUGAGCCUAUUGAGAGGGCUACCACGGGUCCAAUGGAUCGAAGAGAGUUCAGGAAAGAAAGGAAAGGAAUUUCUCCCGGUUGCAGAAAACUUCAGCUUCUGUCUAGUGACUCUUUUGGCAGAUGUGUCUCAGAGGGACCAAGAUUCCCGAAAAGAGAUCUUGAACACUAUAAUGGAGGUCAUGCAGGCAUUGCAGGAUAUGUGUCAAACACCUGAUAAUCAUGACAAAGUCUACCUGUGCAGGUAUAUUGUCCCCAGCCUGCUUGGCAUGACUCGAGCAUUUGGCCGCUACAGCAACACAGAUGAAGCUCUGUUGUCCAAGUUGUUCCCCAAAGACUCGCCGCAGGCCCGCUGCGUCACAGAGGAAACAGAGGGAGUGCGGCGCAGGUCCUUCAAUGACUUUCGUUCUAUCCUGCCAUCCUCACUGCUUACAGUGUGCCAGAGUGACACACUGCGCAGAAGCACUGGGACCAACCUGGAUCCCUCUGCACAGGUCUGUACGGAUUCAGGAGGCCACUCACCUUGCUCUCCGACAACCCCUGGCCCACAUUACUUUGAAGGUGCCUACCUCCCAGACAGCAGCACGGUCGAUCCUGAUCACUAUUUCUCUACAGUCAGCUCCAGUUUCUCAGUGUCUCCUCUCUUCUUGGGAGUAGGAGAAAACGAGGUGGAGGUGCCUGUUGAUCUGCUCCGACAGCUCCUUGGCAUGGUGAAGAAGUUUGUUUCUGAUGCUUUUUUGAAAAAUCUGGACGCCACUAUGACGGAAGUUACGGAGUCUAAUCCUGGAAUCAACCUCUGUUACAAAACCUUCAGUGACCCUCUCUACGUGUGUGUGUUCAAAAUGCUGCGGGACACACUAUACUACAUGAAAGCUUUGCAGCCGGCAUUUGUACGGGAGGUGCACGACUUUGUACUGGAGCAGUUUAGCAGCAGUCAGUCGGAGCUGCAGCGGGUACUUCAUGAUACAGGGGGGUUGCCGGGGGAACAGAGCCCCCUCAAGCUUCGUUGUCAAGCCAACGCUGCCUGCGUUGACCUCAUGGUGUGGGCCGUCAAAGAUGAGCAAGGAGCUGAGAAUUUGUGCACCAAACUGUCAGAGAAGCUGCAGUCAAAAACUUCAAGUAAAGUCAUCAUCGCUCACAUGCCCCUGCUCAUCUGUUGCUUACAGGGCCUGGGUCGUCUGUGUGAGAGGUUUCCGGUAGUUGCUCACUCUGCCACAACCUCUCUCAGGGAUUUCCUGGUGGUUCCUUCCCCUGUUUUAAUAAAACUCUACAAGUAUCACAGCCAGUACAGCACAGGCACAGGAGAAAUUAGGAUAAAUGUGACCAAUGAGCAUUCUCAGCCUACCUUCAACCUCCUGUCAAACAGGAAAGACCAGCCGUCCAUGUACGAGCAGCUCAGAGACAUUUCCAUUGACAACAUAUGCAGAUGUCUGAAAGCUGGUCUGACCAUGGACCAUGUGAUAGUGGAGGCCUUUCUGGCCAGUCUGUCCAACCGUCUAUACAUUUCACAGGAGAAUGACAAGGAUGCCCAUCUUAUCCCAGAUCACACCAUUCGAGCACUGGGCCACAUUGCAGUGGCUUUGAGAGACACUCCUAAAGUCAUGGAGCACAUCCUACAAAUCCUUCAGCAAAAGUUCUGCCAGCCUCCAUCACAGCUGGAUGUACUCAUCAUUGACCAGCUUGGCUGCAUGGUCAUUACAGGAAAUCUAUACAUAUAUCAGGAGGUGUGGAACCUGUUCCAGCAGAUCAGUGUGAAGGCCAGUUCAGUUGUCUACUCAGCUACCAAAGACUACAGAGAUCACGGCUACAGACACUGCUCUCUGGCAGUGAUAAAUGCUCUGGCCAACAUUGCAGCCAACCUGCAGGGGGAGCAACUUGUUGACGAACUGAUGGUGAACCUUUUAGAACUGUUUGUCCAACUGGGCCUGGAAGGAAAGAGAGCCAGUGAAAGAGCCUCAGACAAGGGACCAGCACUGAAGGCAUCAAGUAGUGCUGGAAAUCUUGGAGUCCUCAUUCCAGUGAUUGCUGUGUUGACCAGGCGGCUCCCGCCAAUCAAAGAGGCCAAGCCCCGUCUCCAGAAACUGUUCAGGGACUUCUGGCUGUACUCAGUGGUCAUGGGUUUUGCUGUGGAAGGAUCAGGGCUUUGGCCAGAAGAGUGGUAUGAAGGUGUGUGUGAGAUUGCCACCAAGUCUCCUCUUCUUACCUUUCCCAGUGGAGAACCUCUUCGCUCCGAACUGCAAUACAACUCUGCCCUGAAAAAUGAUACAGUCACGCCGGCCGAAUUGAACGAGCUGCGGGCAACCAUCAGCAAUCUCCUCGACCCACCUCCUGAAGGAUCUGCCCUGAUUAACAAGCUAGACUUUGCCAUGUCCACGUACCUGCUCUCAGUCUACAGACUAGAAUACAUGAGGAUGCUGCGAUCCAAUGAUCCGGACAGGUUCCAGGUCAUGUUUCGAUAUUUUGAAGACAAAGCCAUCCAGAAAGACAAAUCUGGCAUGAUGCAGUGCAUAAUUUGUGUUGGCGACAAAGUGUUUGAUGUCUUCCUCCAGAUGAUGGCUGAGAAGCCCAAAACCAAAGAGCACGAGGAAGAACUGGAGCGACAUGCCCAAUUCUUAUUGAUCAACUUUAACCACACACACAAGAGGAUCCGCAGAGUGGCGGAUAAAUACCUCUCUGGUUUGGCUGAGACAUUCCCCCAUCUGCUUUGGAGCGGUCGUGUGUUAAAGACCAUGUUGGACAUCUUGCAGACACUCUCUCUGUCACUAAGUGCUGACAUUCACAAGGAUCAGCCGUACUACGACAUUCCAGACACCCCCUACAGGAUCACUGUUCCUGACACAUAUGAGGCCCGAGAGAGCAUAGUGAAGGACUUUGCUGCUCGCUGUGGUGAGAUCCUGAAAGAGGCAAUGAAAUGGGCCCCUUCAGUCACAAAGUCCCACCUACAGGAGUACUUGAACAAGCAUCAGAACUGGGUGUCAGGACUGUCCCAGCACACUGGCCUGGCCAUGGCCACAGAGAGCAUACUGCACUUUGCAGGCUACAACAGACAGAGUACUACACUGGGCGCUGCUUUCCCUCAGAUCACCCAGCUGACAGAGAGACCAGCAUGUGUGAAGAAGGACUACUCCAACUUCAUGGCAUCGCUCAACCUGCGCAACCGCUACACAGGAGAGGUGGCUGGUAUGAUCCAGUUCUCAGAGGCGACUCACAGCCAGUCAGACCUCAACAAGCUGAUGAUCCAUCAGAUGACCAGUGCUCUGGACAGAAAAGACCCAGAGGCCUUCACCCAGACCAUGUUCAAGAUGGCCGCCCUGCUUAUAACUACAAAAAACUGCGAUCCUUUACUCCUGCACCAUCUGUGUUGGUCUCCCCUGAAGAUGUUUACAGAACAUGGCAUGGAAACUGCCAUUGCCUGCUGGGAAUGGCUCCUGGCUGCACACAACGGGGUGGAAGUGCCGUUCAUGCGUGAGAUGGCAGGAGCCUGGCAGAUGACAGUGGAGCUGAAGAUGGGUUUGUUUUCUGAGGCUAAGGUAGAGACCGGCCCCCUGGCUGUCUCAGAGGAGAGUCAACCUGCACCCUGUGCACCAGAUGUCAUCCCUCACUUCCUCUGGAUAGAGUUUCUGGUGCAGAGGUUUGAGAUAGCCAAGUACAGCAGUGCUGAUCAGGUGGAGAUUUUCACCGCCAUUUUACAGAGAUCUCUGUCUCUGAGUGUCGGAGGACCCAAAAGCAGUUUUAACCGACAUGUUGCUGCCAUUGGACCAAGAUUCCGACUGCUGACUCUGGGUCUGACCCUCCUGCAUGCUGAUGUUGUGACAAAUGCCACCAUUAGAAAUGUGCUUCGAGAGAAGAUCUAUUCCACAGCUUUUGACUACUUCAGUGUCGCUCCCAAAUUUCCCACCCAGACAGAUAAGAGGCUGAGAGAAGACAUCAGUAUAAUGAUCAAGUUCUAUGCCAGCCUGCAGUCUGACAAGAAGUAUCUGGCUGCCAGCCAGCUGGUUCCCCCAGAUCCCCAAGACAUGUCGGUGAACAGCCUGUCUGUGAUGACAGUGACAGAUAGCCGGAGCAGUCUAGAUGCAGCUGUGGGGCAGAGGCAGCAGGUGGCUCAAGGUUGGAUCAACACCUACCCUCUGUCCUCCGGGAUGUCCACCAUAUCCAAGAAAUCAGGCUUGUCUAAAAAAAGCAACAGAGGCUCUCAGCUGCACAAGUACUACAUGAAACGGCGGACUCUUUUACUAGCUUUACUGGCCAGCGAGAUUGAGCGGCUGACAAUAUGGUACAACCCAUUAUCCACUCAGGAGCUUGCUAUUGCUACUGAACAGUCGGUGGAGACCAGCAUCGCUAACUGGAGGUCCAAAUACAUCAGUCUGACGGAGAAACAGUGGAAGGACAACGUCAACCUGGCCUGGAGCAUAGCACCUUACCUUGCCCUGCAGCUGCCUGCCAGAUUUAAAAACACAGAGGCUAUUGUCUCUGAGGUGACUCGCCUAGUGCGAAUGGAUCCGGCUGCUGUGUGCGAUGUUCCAGAAGCAGUCAAGUUCCUGGUGACAUGGCAUACAAUUGAUGCUGACUCUCCAGAGCUGAGUCAUAUCCUGUGCUGGGCCCCAGCCGAUCCCCCAACUGGACUGUCCUAUUUCUCCUCCCUGUACCCUCCUCACCCCCUUACAGCUCAGUACGGGGUCAAAGUGCUCCGUUCCUUUCCUCCUGAUGCCAUUUUGUUUUACAUCCCUCAAAUUGUCCAAGCGCUUCGUUACGACAAGAUGGGUUAUGUGAGAGAGUACAUCCUGUGGGCCGCUCAGAAGUCUCAGCUUCUGGCUCACCAGUUCAUCUGGAACAUGAAGACCAACAUAUUUCUGGAUGAGGAAGGAAACCAGAAAGACCCUGACAUAGGUGAGCUGCUGGAGCAGAUGGUGGAGGAGAUCACAGGCUCUCUGUCUGGCCCGGCCAAAGACUUCUACCAGAGAGAGUUUGACUUCUUCAACAAGAUCACCAAUGUGUCGGCCAUUAUCAAACCUUUUCCCAAAGGGGAGGAGAGGAAGAGGGCCUGCCUGGAAGCCAUGUCACAGAUCAAAGUCCAACCUGGCUGUUAUCUUCCCAGUAACCCAGAGGCCAUAGUUUUGGACAUAGACUACAAGUCUGGGACCCCCAUGCAGAGUGCUGCCAAAGCGCCGUACCUGGCCAAGUUCAAAGUUAGGAGGUGUGGAGUCAUUGAGCUGGAAAAAGAAGGUCUGCAAUGCCGCUCAGAUUCUGUAGAUGAGGUAAAGAGUGAAGAGGAGGCCAAGAGAAUCUGCUGGCAGGCAGCCAUCUUUAAAGUGGGAGACGACUGCCGACAGGACAUGCUGGCUCUUCAGAUCAUCAGCUUGUUUAAGAACAUCUUCCAGUUGGUGGGCCUGGAUCUCUACGUGUUUCCUUACAGAGUAGUGGCCACAGCCCCAGGAUGUGGAGUGAUCGAGUGCAUCCCGGACUGCAAGUCUCGGGACCAGCUGGGCCGACAAACAGAUUUCGGCAUGUACGACUAUUUUAGGAACCAGUAUGGAGAUGAAUCCACGCUAGCUUUCCAGAAGGCACGGUACAACUUCAUCCGCAGUAUGGCAGCUUACAGCUUGCUGCUCUUCCUGCUGCAGAUAAAAGACAGACACAACGGCAACAUCAUGCUGGACAGCCAGGGCCACCUAAUCCACAUCGACUUCGGCUUCAUGUUUGAAAGUUCUCCUGGCGGGAACCUCGGCUGGGAGCCAGACAUCAAGCUAACCGAUGAGAUGGUGAUGAUCAUGGGUGGAAAGAUGGAGGCGACACCCUUCAAAUGGUUCAUGGAGAUGUGUGUGAGGGGAUACCUGGCUGUCAGGCCCUACAUGGAUGGAGUGGUGUCCUUAGUUACACUCAUGCUGGACACUGGCCUCCCCUGCUUCAGAGGACAGACCAUCAAAUUGCUCAAGCAGCGAUUCAACCCUGGUUUGAGUGAGAAAGAUGCGGCUUCCUUCAUCAUUAAAGUCAUCCAGAACUGCUUCCUCAGCAACAGGAGUAGAACCUACGACAUGAUCCAGUAUUACCAAAAUCAGAUCCCAUACUAAACGUUUGUGCCUAAGCAUGUGCAUAUAUUGGCUGGUACACGAUGUGUGUGCGUGCGUGAGUUUGCGUGUGUGCCUUUUGUUAAUGUUCAAGUAUUUCUGUUCACCAUUGAAGAUUGUGGUUCAUUGGUUCUGCUGAUUGUUGGAUGUUGUUCUUUGUGUUUUGCUUUAGCUUCUUGUUUCCUCUCAAACCACAUGUUCUUUAAAUUUGUUGUCUAUUCCCUUAUUUAUUAUCUUAUGUUGAAACCAAUGUUGUUAUUAAUUAUUAUACUAUUGCACUAGCAUCUUGACUUCUGUGCACUUCGAGAAAAACCUCUUGGUAAUCUGCACGUUCAGUGAAUACUUAAUCAGAGUUUGUGCCAUUUUUAAGUAAUUUGUUUGUGAAUGUGGGUUCUUAAUGUUGAUUUUAGAUGGAGUUUGAAAUGUAAUUGGAUACUUGAAGUAGCUGAAGUAAACCGGUUUCAGUUCUGACCAACGUGGCCUAUUCUGUCAUCUCGUACUUGACUGUACUACUGUGCUUCUCUUUUUAAUGGACCAGUCAGAUUUCUUUGAUCUGUGGCAUGGUACUCGUCUUGUAUUUAACAGUGGCAACUGACUAUAUAGACAUGGGUUACGCUGUCUGGAUUUUUGGGUUUCCGUAUUUGCAGUUACCUUGGGAGAAACAAUGCACACAAUUCUGGGGAAACACUGUGGCUGCGUUUUGUAUAUUUAGCAUUGCCAAAGGGGGAGAUAAGAUAAUGCACAUAAAUCAAACUUUUCUAUUGUUUAUGAAUGAAGGGGAGGCACAGCUUGAAUGUUGGGCAGUUGCAUGAAGUUAAGCGUUAACUACCAUGUAGCCUGUGUCCAGCGGGCUUUUAGUGAAUGUUAUUUAAGUAAAGUGCUGUGCCCCAUGUCCAUAUGGCUAGCUUAAGCCUUUAUGUAAUGUUACUGAUUGUAAAGAUUUUGCCUCUCUUUGUAUAUUUAUAGCCAUGAUCCAUUUUCUGUCUCCUUUUCUAUCUUCAUGCCUUUUGAAGGAGAACGCAUAAGCUAUGAAAUCAAAUAAAGAUCUAUU